UAUAUAGCAUAAUCAGAUAAAUGACAUUGCACACAUGCAUACAACUUUGUGCAUGAGAAGAUUUUUCAUGAGAAGCUGUUGUGGGACCGGGUUGCAGGCUGCCCAGAUCAGUCUGGUUGUCAUGGAGAUGAUGACAGCAGUGGGAAAGUGCUCCACUCACAUGGAAUUUGUAUUUCACUCUCGAAUCACAUGUUGCGCAUAUUGCUUAUUCGUCUUUUGACUUAUUAAUUAAUUUCGGUUAUAUAAAACUAGAAAUUUAUCCACAUCAGGGUAAUAAUUAGAAUUUACACAAAUACGUCGCAACUGGUUGACACAAUUCAUGUCAAUGUCAAUGAUACUUGACACGAGGUAAAAGGUUGCAAAGUAGAAAUGCAAAAGAAAACUGAGAUGUAAUCAGACUUUUCAUUGGACGAUUUAAAAUCUUUCUGCUUUACAACUUUACAAGAAAUUUUGGGACGUAUUGUCGUUUUAAAUAUUUUUUACUGUUUCGUAAAUUCACCAGUAUGAAUGUAAAUCUGCAAAAGAACACAGAUUUUACACUAUUUUAAAAGAAAAAGUAUAUGCAAUUCAAUAUUUGCUUGAACAAAUCGUGGCUAAUUUGCAUCCGCAGUUAACUUUCACAUUAAAACUUCAAUGAAUACUCGAACGCCGUGUGCGAAUUAAAUAAGAAAAUUGUCAAAGAAAAUGGCUAAUCCAAGAAGGAGGAAUAACCCACCGAACAAAUCGGACUCGGAGAGUCACGAACGUGAACACGUGGUCCAAAUUAAACGGAAAGACCGAAAACGAAACGGGCGAGAGGAUAAGAAUACAUUCGGUGCUGUGAAGAAGAUUGGGUUAUCUUGUCUCGCCCUGGUCACGUUGAUAAUCGGAAUCGCCAUUUAUAAAACGUUUCUCAUCAAACCGUUCGAAUUAGAAACGUUUCCCGACAAUGUUCUCGACUUCUCGGAUGACUACAGAACAACGUCUGAGUUGCUGAGGCUUAUCGUGGCUAAUGCGAAGGAUGUGAUACGCUUUGAGAAAGAGCUUGCCGAUUUUUCUGCUACUCGUGAACUCGAUAAGUUUCUGGGGGAACAUAUUCGCCCCAUGCAGGAUAAACUGGCCUCACUCAAAAGUCAGACGGCCGGGUAUGAAAAGAUGGACCACAUCGCCGGUGGUCCGACAAGUUUUAUCGAGUCGUCGACAAAGGAAUUAAUUCACAUGGAGGAUAACAUGGGUGCAUUGUAUGAUAAGGUCGCGAAAAUAAUAACGGAAGAGAGGAAGAGAAUUGGCUAUUUUCGAGAAUCCGUGAACGACGUGAGGUUUAAGGCCAGACACGUGAUGGACCUCAUGAUGCACCCCAGUUUGACCGAGAGGGCCGUUUAUCUCAUCCCCAUGACGGGGACGAGCGAUGGAGAAGCGUUCGAACUACUCAAGCACAUCUCGAGCGAAGAGAUUGUCCAAGUUUUGGCCAAAUUAGAAGAAUUAUUCGAUAAAAUUCCGGAUCAUUUUGGGGAAAUUAGUCCCGAGCUGGACCACUUGAUUUGGGAAAAGGAUCAAUUUCUGGAAGAAAAUUCUCAAAUUAUAAUGCUAACUGCACCACUGCAUGUACAACUUGGCAAAAAUAUUGACAGGUUACAAGACGAGCUGGGCGUUUAUGCGGUGGAAAGAAGAAAGGCCAUCCUGGCUUUAAGGAGCACAAUCGAAAAUGAUAUUCGCACAUUGAGCGUCCGAAUUCAGAAUUUGCGAUAUGAAUACGCCAAAAUUCCGGUCUAAAAAAUAUUAAUGUAAAAGUGUAGUUAUUUAACGUGAAAAUUAUGUACAAAUUUAUCCGUAAAGUUUUCACCAAACUGGUGAAUGUUUUCCUGUAUUUUAUGUAAUCUAGAAAAUGCAUGUGAUAAAUAAGGGACCGUCCAUAAAUUGGACGACCCUAAAAAUACCCAUUAUCUGAAUGCCCAACCUAAUUUAGACGAUCCAUGAAUCUUGAAUAGUCAAAAUUGUAACGCAUCAUGUUAGUCACACAAUUUAUGAAUGCCCCUCAAAAUUUGUUAGUUUUCUUGACAUAUGUUUUAACGUUGUAAAUUAAAAUGUGAAAUCAUUUCAAUGUCUAAUCUCACUUAACUAUGUUUAAUAAAAAAACAUUGUCAUGCAAAUUUUCAUCGUGA